AUGGAGACGGGCGAGGACCGGCCGGGGCUGGCGGCGACGCUCCGGGCGCUGAACGUGGCGCUGGGGCGGCCCGCGUCUCUCUGGGUGAAGGAGAGCAGCGCCCGCAACCUGCGGCACCGCGACUUUCUGGCGCCGCGGGCUGCGCUCGGGGCCGCCUUCGCCGGGGGGCAGGUGCCCUCCGAUGUCGUCGCGGCCGUGACGGCGCUGGGCGGCCCGGGGGUGCUGGCGGUGCGCGGCUGCCGGCAGACGGCGGCGGGGCUGGAGGUGCGGCUGCGGCGCUGCGAGGCCUUCCGGCGCUUGCUGGGCCCCCAGCCCGGCCCUGGUCCCGCCCCCCUACCCGGCCCGCAGGCGGCGGUGGUGCUGCACUGUCCGGCCCUGCGGUGCCCCGGAGGCCUGACGCCCCGCCGCCUGCGCCCCGUGCUGCUCGCUGACCACUUGGCCCAGCUGCUGCGUGCCCAAGGGCUCAGCACGUUCCUGGUGCCUGCUGUCACCGACAAGCGGAGCCAGGAGGUCCUGCAGCAGCUCCGUGUGGAAUGGCCUUCCAGCAGCACAGCCAGCCCUGAGACUCUGUCAGCCUUGAAGCAAUCUCUCAGCCAGUGCCACUAUGCCACACAUUCUGAAAGGGGGCCAGGUGUGGCCUCACCGCCUGAGGACAUCAUUUGUAAAGUACACCUGAAGAGCUAUGUGGAGCAGCAGGGCCUGGAAGGCUAUGACCCCAACCUGGGAGUCCUCCUUGUGACAGAGGAGAAGCUGCAGUCCCUGGCUGAACUGCAGCAAGCUGUGCUGCAGGGCAUGGCAGUGUGCCAGGGGAGCUGCUGCAGUGUGGUGCACAUAGUGAGCUGCGAGGAGGAAUUCCAGCAGCAGCAAAUGGAUCUGUUAUGGAGGAUUUUGGAUCCAGGAGCCAGCAUGGAUUUGCAGAAGCACCUUGUCUGUGGACCAGUGAAGGUGACAAACCCCUUAUCCCCCAUCAGUGCAGACCAUUACUUUCAGCUCAGGAAACGCCAGAUGUAUGAAGCCUCUGUCAUGAAAUAUGGGGAGCUUGCACAAGACGAGGCCUGGACUGAGGUUAUUGAUAUCCUGACAGUGGCUGCCAUCAGGUUUGAGAUGCUGAGCACUGCCCACCGGAGCCAGAUCACCCUGGACCUGGAGGACAGCAGCAUUUCUACAAAGGGAACCAAGAGUGGUGCCUUUGUGAUGUACAACUGUGCCCGGCUGGCCACGCUCUUUGACACAUACCAGCGGGCUGUAGAGCGAGGCACAUACCCACCUCUGCCACCAGCAUCAGAACUGAACUUCUCCUGCCUCCGGGAAGAAGGUGAAUGGCUCCUCCUCUUCAACUACCUCUUGCCCUUCCCAGAAGUCUUGCAGCAAGCAGCACAGCUGCCCCCACCCAGCAAGGGGCUCCGGGUCACAGCGAACACAGAGGCAGUGUGCAAGUUCCUGAUCCAGCUCAGCAUGGAUUUCAGCUCCUACUACAACCGGGUUCACAUUCUCGGGGAGCCAUUCCCUCACCUCUUUGACCAGAUGUUUGCACGCCUCCAGCUGCUGGGAGCAGUGAGGGACAUGUUCCAUAGUGCCCUGGCAACUCUGCACCUCCCUCCUCUCAGCCAGAUCUGAGCCACCACUAAGGACUGUUGCCACAGAGUGACAAACAGCAGUGCUACAAGGGGCAGAACAGGGUACUUCCUCCCAGGCCAGGCACUGGGCUGCUUGUUGGUCAGAGACUGGGAGUUGGGGUCCAUCUGAAUCUCACUGUGCGGCUCCUCCUCCUCGGUGCCCACAAAGGAAGGAAGCACAAGAGACUGAGGCACCCAUAAAGCCAGGCACCAAUCUGUUCCCUCAAAGCUGUUUAUUGAAGGGGAGCUCUGUGCUGGCAGAGAGCUCCUGAGCCUCAAGGCUGCUGUCCUGCCUUGUGCCAACUCCUAACAUUAGGGCUGAAUACAUUUAUUGCUGGACAAA